AUGAGCGCGAUUGAGGCGCUAUACAUUUUCGACGAACACAAGUACGUAAGUAAUCGUUGAAAGCGAACCACCCUCACAUGCAUCCACUAACCCAUACACAGCCAGCUACUCUUCAACCAUGUAUACACCGGCAGACCUCAGCAACCUGGAGCGCUGCUGCCUCUGUACCUUCAGCAUGCAUCGCCGCGACCAAGCGUGAUAUACGUCACCUCCACGAACCCUCCCACUGUUUUAUUCUCCAUUCUCCAGGACAACCUACUCUUCCUGUCACCAUCUUCGAACGACACCGAGCCGCUACUCGUACUCGAAUUCCUCCACCGCAUAGCAGAUGCCUUUGAAGAGUUUUUAGGAAGCCCGCUUUUGGCCACAAAGAUUACAGCAAACUAUGACAUUGUAGCACAGGUCGCGGCCGAAAUGGCUGACGGUGGGAUAGUAUGUCAAGGAGAAGCCAAUGCUCUGAGAGACGUGGUCGAGACAGGACCUGGCGUGUUGAACAAUCUGUUUGGAAAGGUGGGCCUUCCAGGCGCGAGUCCAGCAUUACAGCCUGUAGGCUCUUCCGCCCUGCAACGACCGGCCUUUGCACAACCGCAGUCUCAGAGCAGCCAGGGCUCAGCUAUACCAUGGCGGCGAAGCAACGUCAGGCAUACGAGUAACGAGCUAUAUGUGGACAUUGUGGAAUCGCUGACCGUCACGCUGGCGCCCUCGGGAAGGCCAUUGUCAGCUUUUGCGCACGGUAGUAUUGCCUUUACGUCGAAGGUUAGCGGCGUGCCAGACUUACUACUCAACCUGUCGACAGGAGGCAAAGGCGCCGGAAUGGGAACGCGAGGUGACCAGCUACGGACAGUUAUGGAAAGAGUCGUCUUCCAUCCCUGUGUCCGACUGAACACUUGGAAGAAGGAUGGCGUUCUCUCUUUCGUUCCACCAGACGGAAGGUUCGCGCUGUGUGGAUACGACGUCGAUCUUUUAGGCCCGGAGAUACAUCUCACCACAGCAAAAUCCAACACAUCAAGUCUCAAUUUGCCCGCAAACAUCGAGGUCACGACUAGCUUGGGAGCUUCGGGCAUGGAGUUCGAAGUACGUGCAAGGCCAGACAACAGUUCUCGUUCCGCCGCUGCAGCAUCGCUUCAAUCCAAUCUUAGCUCUGGACGUCCGGGCGGUCCUUUCAAGUCGGGGUCGACAGGAGACUCCAAGUCGCCUGCUCUCGAGGAUCUCACCAUCCAUGUACCUAUUCCCCCUGCGGUUAGAAAUGUCAGCGAAAUGCGUGCCACCAAAGGGGAAGCAAACUGGAAUCCCGUGGACGGUACAGUGGAGUGGAAGAUCUCGCCGAAGGACUUCGGAGCCGCUGGUGCCACACUGAGGUGUACUGUGCAAGGCCCGCUAUCAGAUGACAAUGCCGAGAUGGGCUCUGCGGGUGUCGAUGGCAUGACUGCUACGACUUACGAUUACGAUGAGGAGCCUUCUGCGUACCAGUCGCAGCAGGUGAAGCCCAAGCCUAGCCUGUCUCCACCAAACGGCCUUGCCGCAAAUAGGAGGGCCGAAAAAAACAGGGAGCUUAUGCCCACUUCUGUUGCUCUUAGUUUUAGCGUGAAAGGUUGGUUAGCGAGCGGAUUGAAGGUGGAGAGUCUGCUGCUGGAUACGAAAAAGAGUCGUGGUCUUGGCCCAGAAGUGAAACCUUACAAGGGUGUCAAGUACCUCACAGUCAGCCGGCAAGGCGUAGAGAUGAGGUGCUGA